AUGAAACAGUUCCGGCUUCAAUGGCAGCAACGUCAUCCACAAGAAGCUCAUAGUGAUGCUUCAGCUCGUGAAUGCUUUUGCCCGGCACCAUGCACCCAAUCUGCCUCCAUUUCUGCUCAUCACUGUUACAACUGCUCCAAUACAUGGCAAUGCCAUUUUCGAAAGCUUUCUCUUCUUCCCGGCUCCAACCUGAACCGGACCAACUCACGCCCGACAUGUAUGAGCAGCUCCCAUGCCUUCACAAGAGUCCCCCUAAACCUCCCCAAAUCCACCCGCAAAUCCUGUUCGUCCAAAUACAUCGCCUUAAAAGCACCCCACCCCUCUCGACUCACCGUCUCCGGAUCCGUAACAUUCCCCAACGAGCUCUCGUUCAAUCCCGCCUCAUACGCUAGGUACCUCAGCUCCAUUCUCCUCGCCGGGCCCUCGAAGCAGUGUCGGGCCACCCAAUGCAGCCCCCGCGCGGCUUCCGCCACGUCAUCCCCCAUCUCCCUCACCGCCACCUCCUCAAACCCCACCCCCCGCGCUGCGCGUGCAACCUCCGCCCGGUUCACGAGCCGCCGGCCCUUCCUCCGACUCACGACCAGCAUUCGGCUCGUACUCUUCACAUUCCCCCUCUCGAGUGAGUACGCGCUCCGUACCAAACUAGUGAACUCGGGCAUCGAUCUCUCGUCAGCCAUGAACUCCUCAUCGUGGGCCUUGAGGCCCACGAUGAGUCGCGAGAAGCAAAACACGCGGUCGCGAUUCUCGGGCUCGUGGAUGAAGAUGAUGUCGUGUUUGGAGAGUCGGUUUAAGAUUUUCUCGUACUUGUGGGCCCACGAGGGGGAGCCGUCUAACGUAAGGAAGAGUACGUCUCGGGUGUAUUGA